AAACCCCCUCCUCCCCAUUACUAGCACAGCAGAUCUUUUUUAAUGAACUCCCAGAGAGCAAAUACAUCAGCUUUAGAAGUUUUCUGUUGCAGCUUCAGUGACAUGCUCUGCAGUGCUGCAGACUCUGGCUCAUCCGUCGGUCGGACCAUGGCUCUGCCUGUUGUUGUAUUUCUGUUGGCUCUCACUUCCCUCAGUGCUGCCUCUGCACCUGACUGUAAGGACCUGGUCGAACCUUUUAUACCGGAGGACCCCAAUCUGGUUUUUGGAAAAUGGGUUUAUGUGAUGGGAGCUGGUGACCCCAAGUCGUACCACAAGGCACUGGAGUCUCUGAAAAGCUCCUGGAUUGACUUGUCUCCCACUUCUGACAGUCAAAUUGUGACAUUACGUUGGGGAGAUCACUUUAAUCGGUGUCUCUUUGGGGAGGUAAACGCAACAGUCACUGGAAUUGCCACCACAUUCCGCAAAAAUCUGUCAGACCAUAAAGGACAUAUUCUAAAGACUUGCUCUGACUGCCUGCUGUGGACAGACACCUUUCGAAACGUGGACGUCACUGGUCGUUUCAUCCUGCAGUUCACGAGGACUGGAAAAAUGGAUCCCAAAGAUGUUGAAACUUUCAAGAAACAAGUUGGGUGUCUGAACUUCCCAGAUAAUUUCCAUAGCUACGAUGGCAAAACCGAGCUCUGCCCCGACAACAACGAGAAAACAGAGUGAGCCGCAAUAAAAAAGAUGAAGAGAUACAGCAACAUCUGUAUUAAGCAACAUGUGUAAUGUACUGUAGUAGCUUUGUUUUGAUUGAAUUAUUUACUGUAUGCUAUUAAUCCCAGUGCAUAAGGGAUUACUGAUUUUACAUAUUUAGUUUAAA